AGCUACACAAACACCAAUUCCAUUCUGUCUCACCACUUCUAUCUCUUCGUUUUCUUUUACUCUCAAUCUAGAUCCAAAAUUCUGACAUAGUAAAUAACUGUGCGACAAAUAUUACAAGACUAAAUCAUGGCAGCCGGCAAGAAAGCUGCUGCCCCAUCGUUUGAUUCCUUCAUUGAGGCUGAACGCCUUGAGCGACGAAAGAAGGAAAACCAAACCCUCGCAAAUGAAUUACUCGGCAAAAAGAGUAGAAGAGCUAGCGCUCCUGGUCCUGGAAUCGGCAGCAAGAAAGCGCCUAUCGAACGCAGCCUUGCGAGUAGGAUUGGUGUUGUAAAGCGCUCCGCUUCAGCCUCGUCAAGACCGAAAUCAAACCCCAUCGCCGUUGCGCGCGCUGCCGCAGCUUCAUCACGAACCGCUCGCCCCAGCGGCGCCCGACGCACUCGCGAGGAUCGCAUGAUGGCAGACAUUGACAUGGGGAACGACGUGCAGGUGAAUAGCUUCGGGAAGGGAAUUUCCAUCAAAGGCACUGGCUCGGGUCCCUUUGUCGUCCUCGGGAGAAAUUUUGCACCGGGCACUAAUGCGGCUGAUAUUGAGGCUGCCUUGGAACCCGUUGCUGGAGAGAUAAUUGGCGUGAAUAUCAAGUCGUAUUCGCCGCAUGUGAGUGCUGAAAUCGCGUGCGCAGAGAAAUGGGGCGCCGAGGCAAUUGUCGCUCAGUUUCAUGGUAAAAAGGCGGAUGGAAGGGUUCUUUCGCUGGAAUAUAAGGGCAUUGGGUCUUCAUCAUCGUUCAACAGCUCUACCGCCCCAUCUAACUACGACGCUUUCAGAGAACGGGCAAACCGCGAGCGCGUGGAGAACCGAAAGGGAGAUCUAUUCCAAGACGGGACCUUCGAUAACAAGGGCCGAUUUGGACGAGGUAGAGGGCGUGCUAAUGGGUUGAACAAUCGCAGUCAGCACCAGACCAGUGGUUUGUACAGCGAUAAGAUGAUGGUUGAUGCUCCGGCUACACAGACGUCGCAGCGCGGACGGAAGUUUCGUUGAUCUUUUCAUCCUACGAAGUUAUUUCUCGUCUAUUUGUUCGUAAAUCAUUUUUUUUUCAUGGCGCUUGGAUGUGGAUGUAAGAGGGUUUAUGGUGAUUUUAGUUAUGUAUUACUAGUCAUGUCUCUGGUUGAAGUGGAAACGGAGCACUCUGCGUAUUUAAUAACCAUAUCCGUCAAAAAGCUAUUAAGAAUACUCAACAUCAUUCAAAGUGGG